UCAACAUCGAACAAUUUCGAUAUUUUUUUCUGACAAGAGUGAACAAUUUCGAGUUGCAUCUUACAUAUUUGAUCAGUUGUAAAAAAAAAAAGGAAGCACCCAAAAUCUGAGGUCAAUUGGGUUGUUUAAUUUUUGUUCUGCGUGAAUUUGAUGGGAAAAUCAGUUGAAUCUGUGAUUAGGCUUAAAGAAUUAUCGCGGGUUGUAUCAUCAUCUGCAAAAUCCAAUAGACCAAAGACAACCCAACCUAUAUCUCCGAACCGGGUCACCACUCCACGAACCGCGAAACAAGACCGCACUGUUAAGGUGGAACCGCCGAAGAAGAUAGAAGCUUUGGAAUCUCGAACACCACUCGCCAGGGUGGUCGCUUAUUGCUCUAAGCGGUGGUUUCAAGAUACACUCAAGGGGGCUAAAGCUGGGGAUAGCUCCAUGCAAGUUUUGGUUGGUCAAAUGUAUAAUUCUGGCUAUGGUGUUCCUCGAGAUCCUCAAAAGGGACAUGCUUGGAUUAGUAGAGCAUCAAGAAGUCGAAAUUUAGUCUGGAAAGUAAGCGAAAAACAACCAGGUUACAGAGCAAGUGAUUCGGAUUCAUGUGAAUUGGAGAACAAAUCUACUCCUUAGUUUGCAAGCAUGAAGCUGCUGUGUUGUUCAUUUCCACAAAGACUGCAUCUCUCAACUCUAUUCCAUUUGUUUCAAAUGAGUAUCCUUAACACUCUUCACCUUAUCUCGGCGGUCCUGCAUUCAUUUGACAUUACUGUCUGGUUGAUGAAGAAGAAGUGUUUGAAAUUCAUGUUUGAGUUUGCUGCAUUGGGCCGCAAGUAUUACCAUGCAUGUCUCACUAUACAAGUCAACUAUGUCUUCUUUCCAUCUUAAAAAAAAAAUGUCUUCAUUCAACGUUUUAAAAUAAACUUAAUAUUUUGGUAAAAGAAAAUAAACCUUAUGUUGUAUUUUAUAUACGUAAGUACCGGUGUUGCGGUAAAUAUCGAACACUUAGAUCAACUUUGUUAAAUUUAUAGCUUCUUGUGGUACAAGUAAUUUUUAUGAUUCAAAAAUUCAAUUAAAUGAAAAGAACGUUAUUCUCA